GCCUUCCCUCUUCUUCUGCUCAUACCCUUUGUACGAUCGCUACAGCUUGCAUACCAUCUUUUUCCUCAAAACACAUACCACUCUUUCUCAUAACCAAACCACACAACCAUCAAGAUGCGUUUCUCUACUCAGACCCUCGCUGCCCUCCUGGCCUCUCCUCUGUUGGCCUUUGCUGCCAACGCAAACCCCUUCACCAACAUGAACCUUGCUGCCACUGCUGGCAAGACCGUUGACUUGACCUGGACUCCCACCACCUCUGGCACUGUCUCCCUUAUCCUCCGCUCUGGUGCCAACAACAACUUGACCCCUGGAGUCUACGUUGCCCAGGGCCUCACCAACUCUGGUACUUACACCUGGUCUGUCCCCAGCGACAUCACCCGUGGUACCGACUACGCUCUCGAGAUCGUCGACGACACCGACCCCGACAACGUCAACUACACCGGCCAGUUCGUCAUUGAGAGCACCAACACCGUCGCCUCUAGCACCUCAUACAUUGGCCAAUCUGCCAGCUCCUCGGCCUCUUCUGUCGCCUCAUCAAUCUCUUCAAGCGCCUCUGCUUCUCGCUCGAGUGCUUCUGGAUCAAUGAGCUCGUCCGCUUCUUCAGCAUCUGGUUCGAUGUCCUCAUCGGCCUCCUCGGCUUCCGGCUCGGCUUCAUCUUCUGCCUCAUCGGCAUCCCGCUCGAUGACUUCCUCUGCCUCCAGCCGUGCUGCCUCAUCGAGCAGCUCAGCUGCCCCUACCUCUACUGGUGGUGCCAUGGCCUCUGCCAUUCCUUUCGGUCUUUUGGCCCUUGGUGCCCUUGCUCUGUAAAGCAGUGACGUCUCGAAUGACACCUGCUCGAGAGCAUUCGCUUCUGUUUAAUAUUCUAAUGAUACCUGUACAUUCUGGGGAAAUUUCUUGUACGAAAGUUUAUGUUUAGUUUUGGGGAUGGUAUUUUGUAUAUUUUCAAAAAGAAUGCAUAUUCUCUGAUACCUCAUCAAUUUUACAUGGCUGUGUCUGCUCACAAUCGAGUUUGAAAGUGAACUACAGCGGAGUUGUGCGGUUGUGGUUCUGGGACCGUGAAGCUACGAAGAUUGGCAAAUCAAUGAGCGCUCUAUCACAUACCUGCUAUCAUAUUCUCAUCGGGUUG